AUGAGUUGGAAUACUAAUAACCUUGAAGAAGGUGAGGUUAAACCAGUUGAUUCCACUCCAGUAUGGGGUGGCGAAUAAAACGCAGGUGGAUCGUAAAUAGAUGAAGUGAAAAAAAAUUAAGAGCCUUAAUGGGGGCAGGGAGAGAAAAAGGAUAACUAAGAGACUAAUGGCUAAAAUGGAACAGCCGCAGAAUCAGGAGGUUGGGGAAACCAACAACAGCAGCAAUCAUCAUCUUGGGGAGAAACUAAAACAGAUAAUAAUGAUAAUGCAUGGGGAUCUGGAACUACAGGGUUUGGAAGCACAUCAACAGGAGAUAAUGGAGGUUCAUCUUGGGGAGGCGGUUCAACUUCUUGGGGAAAUGGAGGAAGCUCAGAUAAUAAUUUUUAAUCAGAUCGACCUAGAGGUAGAGGAAGAGGUGACAGAGGAGAUCGAGGAGGUGGUUUUAGAGGAAGAGGUGAUAGAGGUGGAGAAGGUUUUAGAGGUAGAGGGGAUGGAUUUAGAGGAAGAGGAGACAGAGGAGAUCGAGGAGGAUUUAGAGGAAGAGGUGAUAGAGGAGGAGACAGAGGAGAGAGAAGAGGAGGUUUUAGAGGUGGAAGAGACAAUGGUGGAAAUUGGGGUGGCAACUCAAAUAAUAACAAUGGAGGAGGAAAUAGUUGGGGAGGUAAUGCAGAAGGUAGCUCUUGGGGAAAUUCAGACAAUAAAGAUAAUGCUGCAGGUGGUUGGGGUAGUACUACAACAAAUGAAUAACCUGCUCAAUCAGGUGGAUGGGGUAGUACCACGACAGAAUAGCCAGCACAAUCUGGAGGAUGGGGAAAUUCUACUGAAUAACCAGUUCAAUAAGCAUCUGAAGGUUGGGGAAGUAAAACAGAAUAACCGCAAUAAUAAGCAGAAUCAAAUUAAGGUGGAUGGGGAACUACAACUGAAUAAUCAAACUAAUAAUCUGGUGGUGGUGGUUGGGGAUCAACAACUGAAUAACCAUAAAAAUAAUCCAACGGAUGGGGAAAUUCUACUUAAGAAUAGCAACCCUAAUAAUCUGGAGGUUGGGGAUCAUCUAAUGCUGAACAACCUGCAUAGUCAACAGGAGGUUGGGGAGCUUCUACAACUGAAUAACCUGCAACUACUGGAGGAUGGGGUUCUACAACUGAAUAGGCAACUACAACAGGUGGAUGGGGAUCUACAACUGAUUAAGCAGCAUCUUCUGGAGGAGGCUGGGGAGGUUCAUCAGAUCAAUAAAAUGGUAACUCUUGGGGUGGAGGAGGAUCUGGAGAUGGACAGAGAGGAAGAGGUCGAGGAAGAGGAGAUCGAGGUGAUAGAGGAGGUUUUAGAGGUCGAGGAGAUGGUUUUAGAGGAAGAGGAGACAGAGGUGGAGAAGGUUUUAGAGGUAGAGGAGAUGGAUUUAGAGGAAGAGGAGACAGAGGAGAUAGAGGAGGAUUUAGAGGGAGAGGUGAUAGAGGAGGAGAUAGAGGAGAUAGAAGAGGUGGCUUCAGAGGAGGCAGGGAUAAUGAUAAUUUUGGUAAUGGUGGAAGCUGGGGUGGAUCAUCAAAUGAUUAAGGUGGUGGAGGAUGGGGAUCAUCAACAACUGAUUAACCAGCAUCUAAUGGAGGUUGGGGAUCUUCUGCAACUGAAUAACCUUAAUCAAAUGGAGGUUGGGGAUCUACUGCUACUGAACAACCAGCUUAAACUGGAGGUUGGGGAUCUACAGCUACUGAAUAACCUGCAUAGAAUGGUGGUUGGGGAUCUACUGCUACUGAAUAACCAUAAGCAACAGGAGGUUGGGGAUCAACUGCUACUGAAUAACCAGCAUAAAAUGGAGGUUGGGGAUCUACUGCUACUGAAUAACCAGCAUAAAAUGGAGGAUGGGGAUCUACCGCUACAGAAUAACCAGCAUAAAAUGGAGGAUGGGGAUCUACAGCUACAGAAUAACCAGCAUAAACUGGUGGUUGGGGAAGCUCUGAUGCUCCAUAGCAAUCAAAUGGUGGUUGGGGAAGUAGUAACAACGAUUAACAAUAAUCUAAUGGAUGGGGUUCCAGUAAUCAAUAAUCAAAUGGAAAUGGCGAAAGAGGAAGAGGUCGUGGUAGAGGAAGAGGCCGAGGUGGUGAUAGAGGCGGAGAUAGAGGAGGAGACAGAGGAUUUGAUAGAAAUAAUAAUAACAAUUACAACAACAAUAACAAUUACAACAACAAUAACAAUAACAAUCAUAAUAACAAUAAUAAUCACAAUAACAAUAAUAAUAACAAUACUGAAAAUGGUGGAGGAGAUUUACCAACUNAAGCAGAAUCAAAUUAAGGUGGAUGGGGAACUACAACUGAAUAAUCAAACUAAUAAUCUGGUGGUGGUGGUUGGGGAUCAACAACUGAAUAACCAUAAAAAUAAUCCAACGGAUGGGGAAAUUCUACUUAAGAAUAGCAACCCUAAUAAUCUGGAGGUUGGGGAUCAUCUAAUGCUGAACAACCUGCAUAGUCAACAGGAGGUUGGGGAGCUUCUACAACUGAAUAACCUGCAACUACUGGAGGAUGGGGUUCUACAACUGAAUAGGCAACUACAACAGGUGGAUGGGGAUCUACAACUGAUUAAGCAGCAUCUUCUGGAGGAGGCUGGGGAGGUUCAUCAGAUCAAUAAAAUGGUAACUCUUGGGGUGGAGGAGGAUCUGGAGAUGGACAGAGAGGAAGAGGUCGAGGAAGAGGAGAUCGAGGUGAUAGAGGAGGUUUUAGAGGUCGAGGAGAUGGUUUUAGAGGAAGAGGAGACAGAGGUGGAGAAGGUUUUAGAGGUAGAGGAGAUGGAUUUAGAGGAAGAGGAGACAGAGGAGAUAGAGGAGGAUUUAGAGGGAGAGGUGAUAGAGGAGGAGAUAGAGGAGAUAGAAGAGGUGGCUUCAGAGGAGGCAGGGAUAAUGAUAAUUUUGGUAAUGGUGGAAGCUGGGGUGGAUCAUCAAAUGAUUAAGGUGGUGGAGGAUGGGGAUCAUCAACAACUGAUUAACCAGCAUCUAAUGGAGGUUGGGGAUCUUCUGCAACUGAAUAACCUUAAUCAAAUGGAGGUUGGGGAUCUACUGCUACUGAACAACCAGCUUAAACUGGAGGUUGGGGAUCUACAGCUACUGAAUAACCUGCAUAGAAUGGUGGUUGGGGAUCUACUGCUACUGAAUAACCAUAAGCAACAGGAGGUUGGGGAUCAACUGCUACUGAAUAACCAGCAUAAAAUGGAGGUUGGGGAUCUACUGCUACUGAAUAACCAGCAUAAAAUGGAGGAUGGGGAUCUACCGCUACAGAAUAACCAGCAUAAAAUGGAGGAUGGGGAUCUACAGCUACAGAAUAACCAGCAUAAACUGGUGGUUGGGGAAGCUCUGAUGCUCCAUAGCAAUCAAAUGGUGGUUGGGGAAGUAGUAACAACGAUUAACAAUAAUCUAAUGGAUGGGGUUCCAGUAAUCAAUAAUCAAAUGGAAAUGGCGAAAGAGGAAGAGGUCGUGGUAGAGGAAGAGGCCGAGGUGGUGAUAGAGGCGGAGAUAGAGGAGGAGACAGAGGAUUUGAUAGAAAUAAUAAUAACAAUUACAACAACAAUAACAAUUACAACAACAAUAACAAUAACAAUCAUAAUAACAAUAAUAAUCACAAUAACAAUAAUAAUAACAAUACUGAAAAUGGUGGAGGAGAUUUACCAACUGCCAAAAGAAUCAAACCCAAUCCUGUAAUAAUUACAAUUUCAGAUGAUGAAAAUGGCAAGGCAUCUCCUCAUUUCAGUGAGGAUGAAUAAGAAAAAGUAAAUAUCAUUAAUGAGGCUUUGAAAUAAACUGUUGAUGCUAAAUAGGUUUCAUUGUAACUACCAGUAUUGGAUACUAAAUUUUCACCUCUUUUUAAUCCUGAGCCUGAUCCAGAUAGUUUAAAAACUGAUAAUUUAUGCCAUCUUAAGGGAGGUCUUUAUCCUCAUGAAUAACAUAAAAAAGUGAAAUUUGUGUACACAGGAGGAAUUAAGGUAGAUUCAGAUAGACAACCAGUUGUUAAUUUAGUUACUUUUGACAAUGAUUUAGAAUUUAUUGAAUCUUGUCCUAAAGUGGAUUUAGCUGAAAAAUAAGGUAUAGAAACUGUGUUUUUGAGUCCUUUGAUAAAUGAAUAUAGAAUUCUGAAAAAUGAGCUAGUGUAAUUGAGAUAAGAAGAGAGAAGAACAUAAAUUAGGAGAUAAUAUAUGGGAAUAGUGGAAGGAAUUGAUAAAGAAAAUUAAGAUUUAAUAUGUUAAGUUGGAUUAGCAUUGUUAAAAGAACAGAAAGCAAUAAGAUUAAAAUAUGGAUUUCUGUUUGCUGAAUUGACACUAUUUCACAUUAAACAAAUAUUUGGAAAUAUGGAUCAAGUAGAACAUUAAUCUUUGCAAGCAAGAGAAAAAGAAUUGAGACCAUCAAAUGUAGUUUUUAUAGUUUCCAUAACCUAGAAAUGGUUGAAUGAUGUGCCAAAAUUGAAAUGCAGAAGAAGAAAAGAGUUGUUAUGA